AUGUCGCAACCCACUUUCCAACCCGACAAGUAUUUACUACAACGUGGGAUUCAGGCGUCUUGCCGACUCACUGCUCAGCACUUUUUACUUACUCAAAGAGCGGGCGGCUUAAUCCACCCUUUCAUUGCCGAGGAGAUUCGAUCGAAAAAAGAUCUGGCUAUUGCUGAUGCUGGCUGCGGUAACGGAAUAUGGGCCAUAGAGACCGCAGAAGAGCACCCAUCUGCAGAGGUGGUCGGACUGGAUGUGUCAGCAGCACAGUUUCCUGCAGCAUGGACCUGUCCGCAAAACUGCUGCUUCCACCAACUCGACUUGAUGCAGCCCGUUGGCGAGGAGUAUAAUAAUUGCUUUGACUUGAUCAAUGUUCGAUUGCUUGCGGGGCCACUGAACGGAGGCAACUUCCACCCCAUCGUCGACAAUCUGUUUCGGAUGCUGAAGCCGAACGGACUGAUCCAGUGGCUGGACGUUGCAUUGGAAGGUAUUCGUGCCUACGACUCCUCAGAGGAUUCUGAUAUCAUGCCGAACUGGGGGCAGCCAGCUUCGAUCUCGACUCAAUUCCCGGCGUUCGUCAAGUCUACGGGCUGGCUUAAACAAUUGCCGACUUUUCUAAACCAACGUGGAUUUACGGACAUUGAGAUGCACGAAUGUCCUCCAAAGAAAUCCAUUUUAAGGCACGAGACGGACGAUAUUGGAUUGGUUUUGAUCGAGUUGUCGAAGUCACAUCCUAAUGUGGAGUCAGAUACCGCCGACAAGUUCAAAGUUGCUGUUGCUGACUUGCUCAAGGAGAUAUCGGAGGGACGAUUAUUCACCGUGGUGCUCCAAACUACUAUCGGCAGAAAACCACGGGGCGGACUCUCGAAAGUGGAACAGAUCCAAGUAAGAAAGGUCUAUCCUACGCUUCCUGCUCCCACCGAUAAUAUUUGGCGAAGGGUAGCGUCUAGGCGUGGUGAGAGAGAACUGGACGAAAAUGGCUUGAACAGUGAUUUAAAGUCGGGAGCCUUCUCAGAUUAA